AUGGAAAAUGUUGAGGGACAAGACAGCUCUCUUAUAGUGGUUAGAAAACUAUCAGUAGGUGAUGCUGUUAAGAGUGAUGGUCUUAAGGAUCAUGAUAUUGAUUUAGUGAUGUCUAAGUCAUUAGAUUCAUAA